UGGCUGAGUAGUGAAGGCCCGGAGGUAGCAACUAGACGUAAGUGCGUCCGAUUUACAACUUCUUCGGUCGCCGAUGAUGCUACGUUGCGCAAGUUUAUCGAAGGUGACGAAAUAUUAGACCAGAGGAACCCUUUCAAGAAUGCCGAGCACACCUUUGGUCAGCCUGACGGUGGACAGUGCACCAGCAGCUUGUACGAUGGAACUUGCACUGAUAAACCCGAUGCAAUGGACAACGACUUUAUAACGAAGGAAGAAAUAUUAAGGCAAUCGAAAUAUGUGAAGACCUACAUUAAGAACCCCGACAAGCAGCUGAACUACGACGAAAGUGUUAUCCACAAAUUGAACGCCAUAAGGGCGACGGGAAGGGACGUUCGGGAUGUGGCGGUCGUUGCACAAAUGCGCCCACCGAUACCGGCUCCCCGCACAAUCCGUCAUGAAACCAGUGACAGAAAUAACAACAGCGAGGGCACUAUCCGAUGGAAAGGCCACAAUGACCGGUUAAAAAUGCAACGCAAUGUUGGUAAGCCCGUUCCGCGCCUGCGACGUGUGUACAGCGAUUUGAAAGUUCGUACCGGUUUGGCCGAUGCCGAGAAAUCGCUGUACGAUUCAAACGAGGUCGUGCAGAACGCCCUAAAGUUCGACAGUCGCUUUCGUACGGUGGAGUUUGGUUCACAGGAUGACAUUGAUUCGAUCGCGGAGAAAACGGACGACGGUGGUCCUGAAUCCGCCCUGGCGAUGGCGGGCGAAAGCGAGGAUGUUGUGGGAGAUUGCGUUCCAGCAACGGUUCGCCUGCCGGAUCGAGAAUGCGCGAAAGAGCCCACAAAGCACGUCGCAACGGAUGAUGGCAAAAAAUCUUUUUCCAAUACGGUUAAGAGUGCUGACUUUAGAAAAUAUCUGCACAGCAAAGGACUGUCUCUGGUCCCGGCCAAGCAAAAGUCGACGCUAGUGAACGUCGAUGCCAAAGCGGGGACGAUUCGAACCGGUGCCUGCACAACGCCACGUCCAUCGACAAAACUUUCAGUCCUCACAAAGUUCCUACAAAACAGCUUAUUCGCGACAAAAUCGGCUAGUGAUCCCGCCUACCCACCCAUGCUGCAGCGCUCAUCUACGCCAGUGCAGCACAGCGGCAUACCGUUGCCCGUUCCGCGAUCGAGCACAGGUCGGCUCAUUAAACGGUCCGCUUCGGUGGACGCAAAACCAAAGCUUAACUUUAGACAGAUAAAGUACCUGGAUGGUGGUAACGUUGGUAACCAGGCUGGGUUACGGCCUGCUUCAGCCGUAGAUUUCAAUCGCUCCAAACUUCGCUCGUCCACUACCGACCGCCAAUCAGUAAACCGGCGCCCGAUGCGGCACGCAGGCGUUCAGGUGAACUUUGAGGGUGACACGACAGACUCGGCUACAGCAACACAGUCGGAAGCUUUCCAGCGCCGCCAGCUACCUAACGAUUCAAAAGUUCCACUAACCUAUGUUAUCGCCGGUCAGCAUGCGAAGUUGCGCCGAGAAAACAGCUCGCGGAUAAAUGUUGGUACAUCGACACACACGGUGGUUCCUGUGUACUCGGAACCGUUACGGGACGCGUCGAUGAUAGCGAAUGUGGAAGGGCACCGCGCUGAUCCGAUAAGCUAUCACAUUUACGAACAAACACCGGACAAUCUGCGCCGUGAGAUGCUGUACGGAAGAAUAGGCUAUCUACAGAACAGUCAGCUAGGCGCAUGGCAUCCACAGGAUCGCCGGUCGUUCAGCAGCAUGCAAGAAGGGCCAACCUAUGGUCGGAUUCGUCCUCCCUACGUUUCCUCGCCCCUCUCGACGCAAUCCACACCUGUCCGCCGCACUUCCGAAACGCUCAAUCGACAACAAAUCCUGCAAAAGGUGUACGACUUUUACCGCCGCUCAGUACGGGCCAGCACAACUUCCGUCGCCAAUGCCGGCAUGGCGGCGGUUGAUCGUUCACAGUCGAAAAACAGCGCACCUAGCGCACCGUUGUUCCUGUUCGAGCGACAGCACCGGGUACAGCGUGCGCAAAGCAUGAACGAUGCACGCGUAACGCCGGCCAACCAUGGCCCGCUGCUUGCCCCUGCAGUUCAACCGAGACCAAAUGCGUCGAAAGACCGUCAACCGAAUCAGCACGAUAGGAACAUCGAAAACAUUUACGCCUUCGUGCACAAGAAAAUGCACCAGCUCAACGUACACGGUGAACCCUGCGGCAUCGCCAGUAGGCCGCCGGGUGCAGGUACAAAGCCAGCUACGGGCACUUUUCCGCGGCGGGUGACGUUUUUUAACAGCCAACAGGCCCUACCUCCACUACCGAGUUCGCAUGCAAUCGAAGAAGCGGACUAUGUCAACAUUCGCGGUGCCCCCGACGGCAUCCAUUAUCGAACAACGCAAUGCUGAGAGAUUUCAAACAGCGUGUGAUUUUGGCGCUAUAUUUCACUAAUUGAAACCGAUGCGCUAACAGGAUCGUGAUAUAGAGCCAGCAACCAGUACAGUAUUCUAAAUCGAGUGGUGAAAUCCAGUAUAUAUACCGAAAAAAUUGAGUGCUCUUUGAUCGCGCAGCCUACAUCGUUCAUGAUCGUUUUGCUAAGCUCUUUACAUACACGCAGCGAUAUACACACCUUUUGAUACAUGUACCAUACGCGAUUUUAAUCUUUUAUUGUACGUUUGAUAAUAAACAUGUGUGAC